CAGUGAAUUAUCUCAUCAAAUCAAGUUCCGUUACGUGGACAAACUUUCACAAGGAAUAAUGCAGGAAAAUGAAUGACUGACAGACUAAUAAAUUUCUGGAAAGUUCGUUCACGAUCAGAGACAUGUUAAUGAAGAAAUAUAUCAACAACAAUUGUAAAAUUGGAAUCCACGUUCUUAAUUAAUCAAUUCAAUGGUGAACGAAUUGCGAGAAUUCGUGCUCAAUUCAAUGUUUGCGAAGACGGCAUUAGUUGGUGCAGUGCUUGUCAGUUAAAUUCGUUCCAUAGCAGCGGAUGAGAUCGACGCUCCGCGGUAUCGGUCUCUGGCUGAGCUUAGUCGACCGCGUCAAGCAUGGCGGAGGACGACAAUUUCGAUGAUGAUGAGUUGGGAGCUGACGAGCCGGAACAGCGCAACUGGAAGGGGAUAAUCAUCGCGGUGUUGGUGAUUUGCUCAGUGAUCGGCAUGAUCAUCACGUCGGUGAUGCUGCUCACCCCGCCCGACACCGGACCCAGAAUCAAGGGCAACAGGACGACGCUCAAGCAGUUUCUCGACGGCGACUUUAAUGUUAGGAGUUUCAACGGUACCUGGAUAUCCAGUAAGUCUUUACCACACCUUUCAAUAUCCAGUAAGUCUUAA